AUGGCGGCGGCGGUGACCCUCGGCUCCUGCUUCACACACCUGCAGGCAGGGAGGCGGCAACGGCUGCGGCGGCGGCGACACCAGAGCGGCGGGCCUCGCAGUGCGCAUGCGCCCCGAGAGCUCCCCCGCGCGUCCGGGCGGGCACCGCGCCGGCGCAGAACGGGAGAUGGCGAGGGGAGAGAAGGCGCGCAGGUGGAGCGCCCGCCAGGCCCGCGAGGGUCUCCGACCAGGCUGCUCACCCACAAUCACCUGUGCGGGGUGGGGCCUCGUGGCUUCCCCCUGCGCCUCCAGGCCACCGAAGUCCGAAUCAACCCCGUGGAGUUCAACCCCGACUUCGUGGCGCGGAUGAUACCCAAGGUGGAGUGGGCGGCGCUUCUGGAGGCGGCGGACACCUUGCACCUGGUGGAGGUCCCCAAAGAGCCGAUCGAGGGCUAUGACAACGACGAGACGUUUCUGAGAAAGAUGCACCACGUGCUGCUGGAGGUGGACGUGCUGGAGGGCACCCUGCAAUGCCCGGAGUCUGGACGUCUGUUCCCCAUCAGCCGCGGGAUCCCCAACAUGCUGCUGAAUGACGAGGAAACCGAGACUUAGCUGCCAGGCACCAGUUUUGCCUUUUGUGACCGUGUGUAUCUUUGUUGAUAUAUAUUUUGCUAGUUCUGCAGUGUGUAGCCCCAGCCCUUGACCUAAUGAC